UUUUGUGUAUGUGUUUUUGUAUUAGGUAGGUAGAUAAGAAAAUGUGUGCAGCGAAAAUGGAAUUCCCUUUUUGUGAUGAAGUUGGAAAAUAUGAAAAGCUUACAAAAGUUGGACAAGGAACCUUUGGAGAAGUAUUCAAAGCAAGAAAUAGAAAAACAAGACAGAUAGUUGCAUUAAAAAAAAUCCUUAUGGAGAACGAAAAGGAAGGCUUUCCUAUCACAGCACUAAGAGAAAUAAAAAUACUAAAACUGCUGCAGCACGAGAAUAUUGUUUGCUUGCUGGAAAUAUGUCGAACGAAAGCCUCUGAUUAUAACCGACAAAGAGCAAGCAUUUAUUUAGUGUUCGAAUUUUGUGAGCACGACUUAGCUGGACUGUUGUGUAACCAACAGGUUAGAUUCUCUCUGGGAGAGAUUAAAAAGACUAUGCAAAUGUUAUGCAAUGCUUUGUAUUUUAUUCAUUUCAACAAAAUUCUCCAUCGUGAUAUGAAGGCUGCUAAUGUUUUGAUCACGAAAGCUGGUGUGCUAAAACUUGCUGAUUUUGGUUUGGCACGAGGAAUAUACUUGAACAGAGAUCCUGUUAAAAACCGUUACACAAAUAGAGUGGUUACCCUAUGGUAUCGCCCACCCGAACUAUUACUGGGAGAACGCAACUACGGCCCACCAAUUGAUAUGUGGGGUGCAGGUUGUAUCAUGGCAGAAAUGUGGACCCGCAGUCCUAUUAUGCAAGGUAGCACUGAACAGCAUCAGUUAAAUUUAAUCUCAAGUUUGUGUGGUACGCUAAGUCCUGAUGUAUGGCCGGGAAUUGAAAAGUUAGAAUUAUUCUCAAAAAUGGAGUUAACACAAAAUGCAAGAAGAAGAGUAAAAGACAGACUAAAGUCCUAUGUAAAGGAUCCACAAGCUUUAGAUUUGAUCGAUAAACUACUAGCAUUGGAUCCAUCAAAGCGGUAUGAUGCUGACACAGCUCUCAAUCAUGAUUUUUUUUGGAGCGACCCAAUGCCGUGCGAUCUCACUAAAACUUUAUCGAAAUUGAACACAUCCAAUUUUGAGUUGUUGACAACACCACGGCGAGCAGGUGGAGCGCGCCUGGGACAAGCAGGACCAUCAAGACCACAAGCACCAUCUCAAAACAUGAAUGGUAGUAUAUUUGAUAGAGUGUUCUAAGUAACGAAUCUAUGCUCGCGCCACUACAUUGUAGCAACAGCACGUUCUCUUACUAUUUUCCACUGUUGUCAAAAAAAAGAAAAAAAUGAGGAAUAUUGAAUGAGGAAUAUUAAAGCAAUUUGAUGGAUCUGUCAAUUUCAUUUGUUAUUUCUACCUUGAAAAAGUUUGCCAAGAAAUAUUUUGUGUCUUGGUAUAGAAAAAAUCCAGAAAAAUCAGAAAAGCGGUCACGCCGAAAUUGUUUGUAAUUUUUCUUGUUGUUUAUAUAUCAAGCAAUGACUUUCUUGCUGGUAUUUUUCUUGUUUAUGUCUGUUUAUAAUAUAAACAAUACAAGAGACAUACACCUACUUAAACCGGCUGCUAGUGAAGCUGAUGAAGUUUUAUAUUUAUAUAUUAUGAGGUUUUACUAUGUAAUUUUACCUUGUAAAUUCAUUUUAAACUUACUUCAUAUUUCUUAAUUCUUUUAAUUUACACGCCCCACGCCCAAAUUGUUACUUCCUGAAAUUUAAUAGGCUUAAUUUUUGCUCCGUUAUAUCGCGAAACAUUUUUUAACUCACAACGACAUAGCAGUGAACUAAUGGUACUGAUUUUUGCGGGUACUAAUUUUUGCGAGUGCUUUUUUUCACGGGUGCUAAUUUUUGCGAGUACUUAUUUUCGAGAGUACUAGUUUUUACGAUUACUUAUUUACGCGGGUCCUAAUUUUUGUGAGUACUUAUUUACGCGGUUACAUAAGAAUUCGCGGAAAUUAAAUUUCGUGAAUUUAGUCAGAACUCCCGAAAAGUAAUAACUGCAAAAAUUAGUACCAUUGAGAUAUUCUCUAAAAUCUUUGUGCGAAUAGUUCAUUUUUUGAUUUUAUCAUCAGGAAAAGUAAAUGAAUCACGGUGUUCUGCAAGCCAUAAUUUCAAAUACACGACCACGUGAUAUCCUUGCUAACAUCGUUAGCACAUUGUAGGUUUCAAAAUGGCAAUUAAGGAAGUUAACAAAUUGAUAACGCGUGGAUAUGAUUUUUAAAUAUAUAUCUAGUGUUUGCGUAGACUUGUACAGAUUUUUUGUUGUUGUAACAACUCGUCUUCAUCACAAGCAGAUAUAAUAUUGAUUUCAAUGUUGUUAGAUUAUUUUUUAUUGUAACUUUACUUCAAUGGUGGAACCUUCUGCGAGGAAUAAAAUUCGCAGAAUACUGGCCACCAGUAUAAAUUUUUUACGAAAA